GAAAGUGUUCAAAACUGCGUCAGUGCGCUGAGAGGAGAGGCUGUGAGUUCCGUUAUUUUCGAGAGAUACUGUAUUCACAAUCUUGGGAGAUUUCUGCGGACAUGGAGCUUCUAUCACUUCUGUUUAUGAGCUCCUGCUUCCUGACUUUGUCCGGACUGACGUUUGGUGAUCAAUCCGGGGGACAUGUGAUUGUGAAAGAAGGUGAUUAUGCCAUUUUACCCUGUUCCCUCGGCACCAAUGAGAGCAUUGAGUUUGUGCGGUUUGAGUGGACGAAGGAUGGAACUGAAAAGGAGGUGUUUAUACAUGAUAAUGAGAUGAAUCAAAGUCCUGCCCUCCCAGAUCGAGUCUCACAUUUUCGAGAUGGUCUGCAGCACGGCAACGCCUCCAUAAAAAUAAAUUAUGUUCAACUGGAGGACAGAGGAAUCUACACCUGUGACUUUCCAAGCAGAGGAAAAACAUUCAGGAUUGAGCUUGUUGUUGACUCCGUAUUAAAGGUCCGGAACGUCCCAGGAGCAGCAGAGCUUAAUGUUACAAGUCAUCAAAUAAAUGGCGAGGUGCUGCUCCAGUGUGAUGUUCAAAGUGGACUCCCCAUGCCUACAGUGGAGUGGCGGGACAGUAACGAUCAAAUCAUUCCUUCUGAGAAGUCACAGGUCUCUGAACAAGGUCGCUUCAACAUCACCCUCAAAGCUACUGUGGAAAAAAGUGGCCGCUAUCGCUGUGUCGCCACACAGGACAAAAUCAACCAUCAGGCACAAAAGGAAAUCAAUUUAUAUAUUUAUGGUGAGUGGCAUUUUAAUCAUUAAACGAUUCUUAUUGCU